AUGGCUGAUGAGGGGGAGGGGCCUCAAGAUGUGCAAGAGAAAGUGUUGCAAGCAACCCUAGACGGCCUCGCUUCUCAACCAGACACGUCCGAGGCCGUGGACGCUUCCUGUUGCUGUGUGAUAUGCCUGUCAGACAUAUCAGAGCCAUCCGCAGCCCAGCCAUGUGGCCAUCGCAACUUUGACUUCAUGUGUCUCGCCAGCUGGAUGUCACUGAAGACUACAUGCCCACUGUGCAAGACGGAAAUCUCCGAGGUCCAUUUUGAUUUCAACGCCCAGGCUACCACAUGGAAGACAUACCGUGUACCACGUGUUGGACUCGAACGAGCACCAGAGCAACCCACACACAGUAGUGCUGCCCAGGUCAAUCCGGCCUUGUCAAAUGUCACUACUUUUUUGCGCCGCGCUCGGGAUCGCAGACCUUUUCGAAACACAAGCCAGCGAACAACUCAACCACGGCCCGCCCAAGAUCCACUGGAAAGGAGGCGAAAUGUCUACCGGAAGGAACUGUACUCCCUCCACGUCGGAUCCAGCCCAGCAUCGGGGUACAGAGACAUCACACCCUUAGGGUUCAGCAGACAGGCUGAUACUCAGAGUCGGGCACGAGCAUGGAUAAGAAGAGAGCUGCAGGUCUUCGAGUUUCUGAACGAUGACAGCUCGGCGCAGACAGAGAGCGCCGACUCAGCACUGCCCGAGACCACAAGGCGUCGACGGCAGAACAAUGCUGAGUUCGUCCUUGAGUAUAUCAUUGCCAUCCUGAAGACGGUCGACAUCCAGAGCGACCACACAGAGGAGCUGCUGAAGGACUUCCUUGGGAGGGACCACACCAAGUUGUUCCUGCAUGAGCUGCGCAACUUCCUUCGCUCCCCAUACUCGGUCGAGGCCUGGGAUCGCCAGGUACAGUAUGCUGAGCCUCGGGCGUCGCCGCGCUCUCUUGGUGGAAGGAGUGCCCCUGGUCCCCGCGUCGACCAGGGGCCUCACAGGAGGCUUUAUGACCGGUACAGACCGUCAGGGAGCUCACGCCGAGGAGGUCGAUGGUCCCCUUACCGUCAGCAAGGGACCUGA